AUGUACUGGCGACAUUUAUUCGACUCGAAGCAUCAUUACCAUUUUGUUAACCUUAUGCUGUGGCUAUUGUUACAUGAAGAGAAAUUUGAACCUGUUCAAGGACCGACCAUGCAAGCAGUGUUGGGGAUAUCCGCUUGGGACGCUAGACCUGUCAUACACGCACCGCUCAGCGCGGCUGGUUCUCUGGGAGAAGGAUUGUCGCCAGAAGAGCAAUACCUGGCACGUUUGAGUCGUGAAUUCAAACUGACGAAUGAGACGGAGUGGCUAUCAUGGAGAUUUCGUCAUGCUAGAGAUUCUACAAAAUGGGCCGCCGUAAAUAGUGUGCACAACAACUUUGGCUCCCAAGAUGCAAAAGUGGUGUUUACUGAGCAUCCAAAUCCGCUGGACGUGAGAGUUACCCAUAGGAUGGAACUACCUGCUUUAGGAGAUUUGAGUUCGAAAUCUUACGACGCCUCUGAAUUGGUGUUUGGGAUAACAACAACAUACGACAAGAUUAUGGAUCGAGAGGGAGCGCUGUUAAGAAGCUGGACUCGGUGGCUUACAAAUGGCCAUAAGAAGAGUAACGGCGCGAGUCUCGUUCUUAUGCUUGACCAAGCAGACAAGGACGAAGUAAAGGAGCUUGAAGAUCUCCUUCGAACUAAUGGGGUCGAUUCUCAAGUAUUCGCUACAGGAGAGCCGAUGUCUCUAACGAGUCGAUAUCACGAGCUUGCCCAUCUUCUCAAAUCUUUUGGUGCGGUUCUUUCUAGCAGCGGCGGCGCAAUUAAGCGUUGGUAUGCGCUUAUUGAAGACGACGUUUUCCUUCCCGACGUUUCGUAUCUACAGCAUCGCCUGGCCUCAUACAAGACAGACGAGGAGGUCUAUAUUGGCCUGCCAAGCGAGCACUAUGAUUGGGAGGCAACGCGAAGCAAUACUACUACCACGACUUAUGGCGGCGGUGCCGUAUUUCUCACUCGCCCUGCGUUGGAUACGCUUUCGAAACUCGCAUGCUUUGAGAUGCCUGAGCUGAGGGACCGCUUUCAUGCGAAGCGGUGGGACGUAUUUUUGAAAAGUUGCUUCGCGUGGGAUAGCGAUGUCAAGAUGAAUGUCUUGCCUGGCUUUCAUAAUCCGGAUAUCGAAGUGGUCAAUUUGGAUGCGGAUGCUUAUGAGAGUGGCAUACGGCCACUGGUUCUCCAUGACGCACUGGGCCGGCACGGAAUGGAUGUGAAUGUGGCACAUUUGGUGACGAAUGUGUGUGAUACGUGCUUUAUGCAGCGUUACGAGUUUCACGACAAUUGGGUUCUCACUGUGGGAGUAUCCAUCAGCGAGCAUUAUGAUACCGUAAAACACCACUCAAAGGGCUCCAUGGCCAUUAUAGAUAACGUGGCUACGGAUGAAUCGUCGAAGUCACAUGAAGUCAUCAUCGACGAUGCGGGAGUGGACAGGACGGAGCUGAUAUGGACGGAAAAUCGAAGGUUGUGGGAGUUUGCAGAUUCGGUUAUGAGUGAUGAUGGUGCGGUGUGGCAGGCUUAUAUUGAUAAGGCUGUUGGUGAACCUGGGCCUGAGAAUAUCGACUCUGUGAUUAUAUUGGUCUGGGAGAAUAUGACUCGGUAGAUUAUGGUGAUGAUGGAGUAAGACUGGUG